AUGUUGGCGGUUCUCUCUGCCAUGGGAGUUAACACAGUGUUUGUUACUAUUGCUCACAUCCUGCCCAUGAUUGGAGGGAACUUUGAUCACGUGAAACUGAAGGACACUCCUGAGACAGAUCAGUUCAACAAAGAGGACAGUCACUGUGUGGCCCAGGGUGUGUUGAUGAUGUCACCACCACCAGGACAUAUAAUCUGUUACCUGAACCAGAAACCCUGGCUGAAUACUGAGGUGAGAACUCUGCUGGGAGCUGGGGAUGCUGUGUUCAGGGCAGGGGAGGCAUUAGCACUCAGGGAGGCAAGGGAAGGACUGACUGCAGGUAAGGGAGGGCCAAAGCCGCACACACCCAGGAAAUUCGGAGCCACUUUGCCACCAGCAAUCCCAUCGAGCAUGUGGAAGAGUAUCAAGUGCAGGGCAUAUUACAAUCUUUCCCACCACCUUGUACCUUUACACAUCAUGAUGCAGAGGAAGGGCCCUCCAGAUCGUGAAAGACGCACACAGACUGUUUUAGCCCCUCCUUAUAGGCAGGCGCCUGAGGAGCAUUCAGAGCAAAACCACGAGGCUCAGAAACCGUUUCUUCCCUGA